GCGGCGCGACUGCUGCGGCUGUGUCGUCUCUCCCAUAGUCCCAUGAGGCCAUGACCCAUCUGGCCAUCUGGGCGUGGACAGGGAGACACCGGCCGCCGGUCGCUGGAGGUGAAGAAGAAGAGGCGCAGUUCAUAACACACCACCCACCACUUCGAUCUUCGACCCAGUGAAUCUAGAUAUGCGUUCCUAUUCGGCUAUUCCAAAGCCAUGAAGCAGUCUCUUAUUGCCUCCCUGGAGCGCACCAUCUGCUGCCGCGCGCGGUCGAGGAGCCUGGGCCCGGGCGACGCGCUCCGCCUGUUCGACAAACUUCUUCGUCAACCGCCGCCCAGGCCCGGCUCAGCCACCGCCUUCAAUCACCUCCUCGCCGCCGUCGCCCGCGGCAGCAACGAUGGCGCAGCGCGCGCCGUCUACCUCUUCGGCCGCAUGGCCGGAGCGGGCGCUGCUGUGCCCGACGCGUGCACCUACAGCAACCUCAUCGCCAGCUGCUGCCACGCGGGCCGGGUGGACCUCGCGUUCUCCCCGCUCGCCACCGCUCUCAAGGCGGGCCUGAGGUUGGCGGCCAACUCCUUCACCCCGCUCCUCAGGGGGCUAUGCCGCGAGCGGCGGGUGGCGGAGGCUGUGGACGUAGCGCGCCGCAUGAUGCCCGAGUUGGGAUGCGCGCCCGACGCCUUCUCCCACUCCGCCGUCCUCAAGGUGCUGUGCGACGACGGGCGGAGCUUAGAGGCGCUCCAGCUGCUCCGCACGUUGGCGAGGAACAGAGAUGAAAUCGGCGUGGUGGCAUACACCAUUGUCAUCGGCGGUCUCUUCAAGGAAGAUAAGGUGGAAGAAGCCGUCAAGCUGUUCGAUGAAAUGCGUAACCAGGGGGUUUCACCGAAUGUGAUGACGUACUUCUCGGUCAUCGACAAACUGUGCAAGGUCGGAUCAGUUGACAAGGCCAAGGGGGUCCUUCAAUGGAUGGUCGCUGAAGGUGUUGCCCCAAAUUGUAUUGUGUAUACUAGCCUGAUCAAUGGGUACGCCAUAUCAGGACAGUGGAAAGGGGCAGUUAUGAUGUUCGAAGAGAUGAUUGGCAAGGGUAUUAAACCGCAUGUCAUCACUUACAAUUUAUUAAUCAGGGCUCUGUGCAAGCACAGAAAAUGCAGUGAAGCUAGGAAAGUUUUUGAUUAUUUAAUCAAGAGUGGUGAAAAGACUGAUGUUACCACCUAUGGCAUUCUGCUUCAUGGGUAUGCCUUUCAUGGAUCUCUUGCUGAUGUGCAAAACAUAUUGGAGAUGAUGUUAAGGAAUGGUAUUGCGCCUAAUGAAUACGUGUUUGCCAGUUUGCUAUUUGCAUAUGCUGUUCAUGGAAGUGCUGACGAAGCAAUGCUUGUGCUUACUGAUAUGCGGAAGCAAGGAUUUAGCCUUAAUGUGGUUCACUAUGGAACAAUAAUAAAUGUUCUGUGCAAAGCAGGCAGGAUGGAGGAUGCUAUGUCCCAAUUCAAUCAGAUGAUUCAUGAAGGAGUGCAUCCUAACUGUAUGGCCUAUGCUUUCUUGGUUCAGGGUUUUUGCACAUGUGGCAAUUGGAAGAAAGCAAAGGAAUUAGUUUUUGACAUGAUACAAAGAGGUGUUCAUCCUGAAGCCAAACGUUUUACUUUAGUCAUACGGAAUCUAUGCAGUGAGGGAAGGCUUGAAGAAUCCCAAAAACUCUUCAACCUAUUUGUAAGUGUAGGUGGGAAACCUGACAUUGUUAUGUAUGGUACACUCAUAGAUGGGUAUUGCUUAUCUAGGAAAAUGGAAGAGGCGAUGGCAUUGUUUGAUGCUUUUAUCUCUAGUGGCUUUAAACCCAAUUCUGUCAUCUAUGGUGCUCUAAUUAAUGGUUAUUUUAAAAUUGGGAGGAUAGAUGAUGCAUUAACUCUGUUCAGAGAAAUGUUGAGCAAGGAAAUUAAGCCAAAUGUUAUCUCAUAUGGCAUUAUACUGGAUGGGCUGUUUAAAGCUGGUAGAACUACUGCUGCAUUGGAGCAAUAUCACAAGAUGAUUGAUAGUGGAGUGAAGUUGGAUUCCAUUAUCUAUAAUACAAUUCUAGGAGGACUUUGUAAGAAUAAUUUUGCUGGUCAAGCACUCGUCAUAUUUCAAGAACUACUUUCUAUGAAUUUUCAUCUUGAGAUUCUUACUUACUAUAUUAUGAUUGAUGGCUUGCUUCGUGCUGGUAAGAGGAAAGAAGCCAAGGAUGUUUUUGCUGCAAUAUCAACUAAUGGUUUGGAACCUGAUGCUGGCAUAUACAGAUUAAUGAUAACAGCUCUUAUAGAGGAUGGGUUAUUAGAAGAGGCUGAUGAGCUGUUCUUAUCAAUGGAGAACAAUGGUCAUGCUGCUGACUCACGUAUGCUAAAUGAUAUUGUUAGAAUAUCAUUGGAAAAAGGGGAGGUGCUCAAGGCUGGAACUUACCUCUUGAAGAUUGACGAGAAGAAUUUCUCCCUUCAUUCUUCCACCACUCAAGCUCUGGUAUCUCUUUUCUCAGAUGGUAAGCAUGAGGAGCAGAAAAAGUUGCUUCCUAAAAAAUAUCACUAUUUAGCGAAGACUGAAUGACUGGAACAUUUUAUCUGCAACUGAAUCCUACUUGGACACCCCUGACAGAGGAUGGAGGAUGGCGUAAUUGCGCGAGGUUGAUGGAAGUGUCCCUGGACCUCUGUCCUCUAGGCUGCGGCUUGGGAGCCAGUGAUGGGGAAACGCAACCAGGAGGCAGGGAUAAGGGAGAACUCUAAUUCAUUUCUUGCUCUUUCAGAUUACAUGACCAUAUAUAUAGGCCCAUGCACAUUUGCCCUUUACCCAAGCUUAUCUCUAACUAAUCUCCUAGUAAAUCGAAGCACUAAGCAACCAAACUCCCAAUAACUUCUCCCUCGACCAAAAGAUCUAAACAACCGUGAACCGGCACCUGAUGACGCCAACUACUGUGCAGCAUCUGGCAACGCCAGCUUGUCGCGCCUGGCAUACUGAAGACCCUACAUGACAAUGAAUGUCUUUAUUGCUUUGUAUGUACGGUCUCAUCUUUUACUGUGCAUUUUUCCCCAUCCCUCUUGUGAUGUUGCAAUGAGAGUCAGAGCUAGGGCAAAACCACUGUCUCACCGAUGUUCCAAAUGGAAUCGGUUGGAUAGAAGACCUGAAGAUGCAUAGACCAAGAAAUUUCACUCUAAUGAAUAAUGAUUGAUCUAGAUUUUUUCAGAGGCUCAGAGCCUCUCCUCAGUUACCUGAACACAGUUGAAUGCUUUAACGUUUGGUGAUUUUGCUUUACUGUAAGAGGUUUGGUAGCUGUAACCUGUAGCCCUGUAGGCCCUGGAUUUGUAAUCCAUCAGUCAUCACCUUAGUAUUAGUAUAAUGGCUCUGCCAAUUUUUCCUAAAGUCUGCUUCCUGUUUAUGAAUCAUCCUGUGCAUUGCCACCAUGUGGAAUGUCUGCAAAGAACAUAAUCGCAGAAUUUUC